AUGGAAAGAUGGCAUGCAGUUGCUUCCUGGACUUGGGAUGCUCAAGAUGAAACGUGUGGCAUUUGUAGGAUGGCCUUUGAUGGAUGCUGUCCUGACUGUAAACUUCCUGGCGACGACUGCCCACUGAUGUGGGGAGCAUGCAAUCAUGCAUUUCAUUUGCACUGUAUUCUAAAAUGGGUGAAUUCUCAGACAUCACAAGCUCAUUGUCCCAUGUGCCGAAGAGAAUGGCAGUUUAAAGCGUGAUUGAAGCAAGCUUCGAUUAUUUUAAGGAUGGCCCUAGACUUCUCGACAGCCUAUAAACUUUUCUAUGAGAAUCAAAGUUUCUAAAUGAGUGCAUCUAUGCCUUUAUUACUGAUGACAAAUCAUGAAUGUGGUCCAGUGGUCCUUUCUUGUGUUCAUGAUUUUAACAGUAUAGAUAUAGGUAUUAACCGUAUUAUGAUUUUCAACUUGAGACUAUGAAGGGAUCCUUAUUCUAAUGCUGAAUUUUUGUUUGUGAUGUGUAUUUA